CAGAUCCUAACCUAAAAUUAUGGUUGAUACCUGAAGAUAAUCAUGCUAAAUGUAAAUAUUGUAAUAUUUACUUCUUGUCGUUGAAGUGAUUUAAAAAGUCACACUGAAACACGAAAGCAUAAGCAAGCAGUUUCUAAUGCUGCAUCUAGUCAAAAGAAAAUAGAGUUUCCAACGAUGACUAUGAAUAGCAAAGUAAAGCUAGCUGAAGUGAGAAAUGCUCUAUUUAUUGCGCAACAUUGUUCAAUAAUGAGUUGCGAUCAUUUGGUAAAUCUUAGCAAAUGUAUUUUUACCGACAGUGACAUAGCAAAAAGCCAGCAAAUGCACCGAACAAAAUGCAGUGCUAUAAUAAAAAAUGUAUUAAGUGAACACUUCAUGAAAGAAUUAAAAAAUGAUAUUGGUAACAGUCCUUUCAGUUUAUUGAUUGACGAAUCGAUAGAUUUAUCCACGAUAAAAUUUCUUGGUUUUACUAUAAAAUACUAUAGUGAGAAAACGAGGGAUAUAGUGUCAACAUUUCUUUAUUUAAAGCAAUUAAAAGAUUGUGAUGCUGCUAGCAUAGUUGAUGCUAUCAAAGAAACUUUAAAGUUAUUUCAAUUGAAUAUAAAAAAUCUUAAAGGAUUAGGCACAGACAACGCCUCCGUUAUGGUAGGAGUAAACAACGGAGUAUAUAAACGAUUAAAAGAAGAGGUUCCUAAUUUAGUGCUUAUUAGAUGUAUUUGCCAUUCAAUACAACUAGCUGUUAGUGCUGCUUCAGAUGAUGCUUUACCAAGAAAUUUAAAUUUUCUAAUUAAAGAAACAUAUAAUUGGUUUAGUAAAUCAGCUGCAAGACAAGAAACAUAUAAGGAGAUAUGCCAGCUAAUUAACAACGAUAAAUUAUCUCUAAAAAUUCCUCAAACUUGUGCAACACGCUGGCUAAGUGUAGAAAAUGCUGUUUCAAGAAUAUGUGAGCAAUGGUAUGAAUUAAAAACACAUUUUCAAAUAGUCCGAUCGAAAGAAAAAUGUUACACUGCAGAACUUUUGUACAAUAUGUAUGAUGAUGAUGUUAAUGUAUUAUAUUUUUCGUAUUUGCAACCCAUUUUAGUAGAAUUGCAAAGAGUAAACAAGCUAUUCGAAUCUAAUAACGUAGAUCCUACAAAACUAUUGAACGAUUUAUUGUUUUUAAUUGAUAGUUUAGUUAAAAGAAUAACAGUUCCUAAUACUCGAUUUGAUAUUUUUACGCAUAAAAUCGAAGAUUAUGUCGACAAUAAUGCUUAUAUGGGUUAUUCAUUUGAUAAUCAAUGUCAAAAAAUGAAGAAAGAAAAUUUAGAUAACAUCAUCCUCACUGUAAAAACAAGAUGUAUCAAGUUUGUAAUUAAUUUAAUCAAUCAACUUAAACAAAGACUUUCUGAAAAUAUUAAAAUUUUGAAAAAAAUUUCUGUUUUCUCCGUAGAAAACGCAUUAAAAGUAAAUAAGGAAGAAAUCUCAGAUAUAUUAGAGUUAUCUGGAGUUUCUGCUUUUAAUAUUACUAAAAUUGAAGACCAAUUCAAAAAUUUAGCUUUAUGCAAGUGGGAAAACACGACUCAAACGAUUGCAUUUUGGUCUAAAGUUCUACAUUUUACUGAUGUUGCUGGAAAUAAUCCUUUUUUAGAAAUAGCUACUUUUGUAAUUUCACUAUUAGUAUUACCUAUUUCUAACGCAGAAAUCGAAAGAAUUUUUAGUCAUAUGAACAUUAUAAAAAGUAAACAUAGAAAUAAAAUAAAUCCGUACAUAUUGAAUGCAAUAAUGACCAUUCGAGCUGCAUUUCGUAGAAACAAAACUUGUUGUUACAAUUAUGAAAUUCCUUCAGAACUUCUUACACAAAUUCAUUCUAAUGAUACGUAUGCUUCUAGAAAUUUGGAAGAUUUAGAUUUUUAAAAUUUUGAAACUUUGUUCAAUUCUGAUAU